AUCAGCUCACAGUAUCUUGCAGCUUGAAGUCAGACAAGGUGCAGUAAUAUCUUCAGGGAGCUGGUGCGGGAGAGCUGCUCUGUUCUUUAGGGAGGGAGACGGAAGCUGUGAGAAGAGGAGGAUGGAGGGGCCUUCCCCUGUCAGCAAAUCUUGCUACCUGGAACCUCUGAGCGUAGAGAACCUGCUGCAAAUGCGGAGCAAGCUGGAGUCCAAGGGGAAGAUGACCAGGGAGCUGAGAGCCCACUUCAACGGUGUGCUGAAGAUGGUCCAAGAACGCGAGUUUGUCCAGAACGACGCCAAGAAGGUGAUCAAGUGCAAUCAGGAAGACCUGAAAUAUCUCUACAGCGAUGGAGAAGACAAGAUCUUUGUCUUCUGCCACAAUGGAGAACCCCCGUAUAUUGGAAAAGAAAGGGACAGUGAUAGGUACCUGUGUCCGUCACCCCCCGAGACAGAACUGCUGAGUAUCAGACACCUACUGAGUGCGAUGAGCAGGCUGGAAUCCCAGGAGCGCAUGACCAGCGAGCUGAGAACCUGCUUUGAACAUGCCCUGGAGAAUUUUCGCCAAGAACCCAGCUUCAUACAAGGGAACGCAAGGCUGGUGAUCUGCUAUGAGGAAAAGGAGUUUCAUUUUGUAUCAGGGAAUGGGGAGAAUGAAUUCAUGGUAUACCUGGAGGAUGGCAAACCCCGUUAUGAGAGCCGAGUGCUGGGAUGGGGGGCAUACCUUUUUAAAAUGCUUGCCAGUUUGUUUUAAAGCGGCAGGGUCAGCCAGAUUUUAACUAGAAGAAGGCUGCAAAAAACAAACAAACAAACAAACAAAAACCUCCAGGGAAUUAGAACUGGGAAAAUAACUGAUUGUUCAGGUCACUGGCAGUGACAAAAAUUGAUUUGAAUCCAGUCCAAUUGAAAAUGUUGCUAAAUUGCAAAUAAAUAAAUAAAUGUAUUUUGGAUUAAACGAACAUUUGACCUGAAACAAGAUGUUCCGAGCAUUUUUAAAAGGCUAGAUUCACAAGACACCUGGAAAAGGAGCUAUCCUUCUUUUAUCUUUUAGCACAGGGGUUAGGGCACUCCCCUGGGAUGUGAGACCUGAGACCUCCCUAAGUUCAAAUCCCUCCUCCACAUUCAAGCAGAAGGGGGAAAUUGAACCUGGGUCUGUCAUAUCCAAGGUGAAUACUCUAACCACCAGCAUCAAAGUGAUAAGGAGACCUCCUCCAUUCUGUGAAUGGCAUCCAAGUCCUGACAAAGAAUUUUUUGGCAAAAACUGGUCAGCAAAUUUGCGUCGACGUCGUGACUAGUUCAACUGAAGCUGCAUUUUUCACUGAAUAAACUUUUCAUAUAGUUCAUCCUGCCUGUCACUCAGGCCCAUAAUUUGGGUGUCAUAUUGGACUUGGACUCUCUCUAGGUCUCCACAUCCAGGAUAUGCCUAAAUCUGGCUGAUUCUUUCUGCAGAAUAUCUCUAAGAUCCAGGCUUCCCUGUCCAUCCACCAUGGACAGAACUCUCAUCCAGGCUCUCCUCAUCUCGUGUGUGGACUGUACGAGGAGAUUUUGGCAAACCAGUAAAGUGUCUGAAACCACUAUGGCUUAUUGCUAAAAGCAGCCAAGUCAGCAGGCUGUAAAUUGGCCAUUCAGCAGUCUCAGCUUGACCAAGGCAGGAGGGGAGGGGGUUUUGGGUGCCACAGAAAGGGCAGCUUGACCCUGCGUCCUUCCCGAUAAGAAUUGUGCUGAAGUUGCUGAUACAUGCAUUUUAGAAGAGCAGGAUGUAUGUCUAUUGGGGCCGUGUCAUAAAUAUCAAGGGAAGGGUAAACACCUUUAAAAUCCCUCCUGGCCAGAGGAAAAAACCCUUUCACCUGUAAAGGGUUAAGAAGCUAGGAUAACCUCACUGGCACCUGACCAAAAUGAUCAAUGAGGAGACAAGAUACUUUCAAAGCUGGAGGGGGGAGAAUCAAAGGGUCUGUCUGGGUGAUGCUUUUUCCGGGGACAGAACAGGAAUGGCGUCUUAGAAUUUAGUAAGUAAUCUAGCUAGAGAUGCGUUAGAUUCUGAUUUCUUUAAAUGGCUGAGGAAUUAAGCUGUGCUGAAAGCAAUGUCUUUGUGUCUUUUUGUAACUUAAGGUUUUGCCAAGAGGGAUUCUCUAAGUUUUGAAUCUAAUUACCCAUCCUGACUUUACUAACCUGUUGCGGAUGUUUGUAAGUGCUUGAGACUAAAUAAAGUU